ACCGAUCUUCCGUGCCUAUGCCAGCGCGUGCGAGCCAGCCCUGAUGGACCUCAUGGAGAACGCAGAACACUCGGACGAACCUGUGCUGAACGCCGCGCUGCCAGAUGAGCGCGUGCGACUCAGCAGCCAGCUCUACUAUGCGCGAGUCAUGCUGAACAGAGGCCUCUUGCUCGACCGCAGAGUCAGUGCUGGAGUGAACGAGGGGCUGGAGGCUUGGAGGACACUUGUCGUGUUUCAUAAGCCUCAGAGUCGGACCCGGGCAGCAGGAUUGUUACAAGAGCUGCUCUCGUGGGAUUUCGAAGGUGAUGUCCCGUCGAAGCCGAUCUCGUUCGACAGGAACGUGAAGCGCUACGAGCAAGCUGUCAGCACCGGGUUCCCCGACGAGAUCAAGAUAGGCAUCCUGGUCCGAUCGCUCAAGGAAGGCCCGCUACGGCACCACCUGCUGCUCAACAGCCAGCGCCUCGACGCGCGGGAGCUGGUGAAGACGGAGGUGGAGAACCUCUGGCGGGCCCAGAUCGCGACGACGGCGAGCGCGGGCACAGGUGUAGCACCGAUGGACCUCGACUCACUUGCGAAGCAGCUGGCAGCUCUCGGCAUCGAGGGUGGCAAGAAUGGCAAGACCGGCACCGGCAAGGGCAAGGCACCGCCGAAGGGUGGUGGCGGUCGAGGUCGUGGCAAAGGCAAGGGUGACGGCAUGGCUGGUGAGGCACCGAAGCCGAAGCCAUGCUGGACCUGCGGUUCAACGGCGCAUCUGGCCAAGGACUGCCCGGUCGCAAAGAAGGCUGGCGCCUUGGGCGAGAUGGCCGAGCCGGAGCCGCCCGAGGGCCUGGGCGGCCUCUUCCUGGUGGCGCUCGACCUGUCGGCCGUGUCCUCGAGCAGCGAGACGGCGCGCUUCGGGGUCGACUCAGGCGCGGCGGCCACGGCGACCCCGCGCUCGCUGGGGACCGACCACCCGAUCACGGAGAAGACGUCGGGAGCGCAGUACCUCAGUGCGACGGGCGAGCCGAUCCGAGACAAGCAUCAGCGCAAGCUCAUGGUGCAGACUGGCGGUGCGUUGCGUGGCGUCAGGGCCCGGGUCACGGGCGUCGGGCGACCGCUGCUCUCGGUCUUCGACCUGGUGAAGAGCGGCCAUCGCGUGGUCUUCGAGCAGGACCAGCACGGCAACGACAUCAGCCACGCCGUCCACAUCGAGAGCGGCGAGACGGUCCGCUUCACGCGGCGGCAGCGUACGUGGGACCUGGACGCGAACAUCGCGCCAGCAAAGGAGGUCGCCCAGAUGUCCCAGACACUCGUGAAGGAGUUGCCGCUCUGCUCGGUCGAGGGUGGAGACGCCGUGGCAGGGGGCGACGGAGUUGGAAGUGCAAUCGAGCUCGAGGGUGGCGUCGAGGAGCGCCACGAGUCUCAGCCUGCUCCGGUGCGAGCACGACGCGGGCCGAAGGGACCUACUCAGGCAGAGCUCGAGCAACGCGAAGCAGCAGGUCACGCACCCUUCAGGGACUGGUGCAACUGCUGCCUGGCUGGGCGUGGCCGUGCUGAUGGUCACCCAGCGGACGCUCCAGGGAGAGCACAUGCUAUACCUACGUUCGCAGUGGACUACGGAAACCUUGUGAAGCGGGAGGAGGUGGAGUCGGGCCAGUCCGCGCUUCCCAUCCUUGUCGGCAUCGGCUCGGCCACCUCGCGGGUCAGCGCCGACGCCCCCCCGUCCAAGGGCAUCCAGCAUGAGCACAACGCGGUCCGCGCUUUCAGCCAGGUGGGGGCGACCGGCAACCCGAAGAUCAUCUACAAGUCUGAUGGUGAGGGUGCCUUCGUGGUGCUCAAGCGAGAGGCGACGAUCCGCCUCAGGAAUUUGAGGUUCGAGGUCGUGCCAGAGGAGGCGCCGGCCUACGAGAGUGCCAGCGACGGCCUUGCAGAGGUAGCAGUGAGGGAGGUCAAGGGCGUCGCACGGCGCAAGGGCAAGGCCUUCCGCAAGGUGCUGCCGCAUUUCGGUGAGAUCAUCGCGUUCCUCCCGAGUGCGAAGCGCGACGCCAACUUCGAGGAGCGCUGGGAGAUCGGAGUCUUCCUGGGCGCCAUCGAGAAGUCGAGCGAGAUGCUCGCCGGCUACGACUGCAGGGUCGUACGCGCGCGUUCGAUCAGGAGGAGGCCGCCGAGCCAGCGGGCCGACGCGGCCCUGUUGCUUUCGAGCAGGGGCGCGCCGUGGAUGCCGACCCCAGACAAGCCAGAGAACGUUCGCAUCCCGACGGUCAUCGACAAACCUCCUGUCGACCCUGCUGCGAAGCAGCCGAGGGUUGUGCCAGAGAAGGUCCCGGCUGAGCCUCGGAGCGUCUACAUUCGCAGGAACGCGGAGCUGGCCAAGUACGGUUUCACAGAUGGAUGCCCGGGCUGCCUCGCGGUUCGCGCUAACGCAGCAGCCAAGGCCCACGGCUCGGAGUGCCGUGGGCGCAUCCAGCAGGCCAUGGCGCACGAUCCGGAGCUCGCGCCCCGUGUCUUCGGAGCAGCGGCCCGCCAGUUGGAGGCUGCUGACAGGGCGCCUGUGCGCCAGGAGGGCGAGGGCUCCGGGUCACCGCCUCACGCUGCCAGCCCGGCCGAGGCGCCGAUGGAGAUCGAGCGACCUGGCCAACGAGAUGCUCCGCGUCGGGGCUCGCCCGCGGAGCUGCCGCAGGCUGCUGGGCCGAGCGGGCUCCUGCAGGCGCCGCCUGGAGCUGGGGAUGCCACGGGCGCGGACUCGCAGGAGCUCUGUGCGCUGCUGGCGGCUUUCGGCGACUGGAGGGUGGCCGUCAGCGAGCUGUACGGACCAGGGCGUUUCAUGUCUCGGUCGAGUGCCUUCGACUUCGAGCCCGGCACAGCCUACAACAUCAGGACCGGCUACGACUUUAGCCAGGUGGGCGACAGGCAGCGAGCGCAGGCUACGAUCGAGCUGGAGCAGCCGCUGCUGAUCACCGGCAGCCCGAUGCGCGCGCCAUGGUCGAUCCUGCAGGCCUUCAACGUGGUCCAGGGUGUGGGCGUCAACGCCAUCAUGGAGCGAGGCAUCGUUCACCUUGUCUUCUGUGCCGAGCGCUGCAAGGAGCAGAUCAAGGCUGGCCGCCUUGUCUUGCACGAGCAGCCAGCAUCAUCGCGGAGUUGGCGUCUCUGGAUGAUCCGAGAGAUCGCCGACAUGCCAGGAGUACACUACGUCGAGCGUGAUCAAUGUGCGUAUGGGUUGUGGUGCAAUGAUGUCAUCGGCCCAGCGCUGGUCAAGAAGCCUACGGGGUGGUUGCCCAACUCUGCCGUGAUUGCCCGGGAGCUGACGCGUCGGUUUCUUGGGUGUGUUCGGCAUUGCCAGACGGUCGGUCUAGGUCGGCGCGGCAUGCGCACCAUCGAGCGGUACCCGACGAAGCUUGUGGCUGCGGUGCUGCGUGGGCUGCAUCGUGAGGCGAUCGCCCGCGGCCAGCUGGGUGCGCGCUGGAGGCUGGGCCGCACCUCGACGAGCCGCAGGUCUGGGACGCCUACCCGGAGUACUACACGGAGAUCGUUGACAACAUCAGCGGGGCCGCCUGGGACCCCGAGCUCGCGGCAGCUUGCCGCAAGGAGGGAGAUGGAGUUCCUGCGCGGCCUGGGCGCCUACGUGCACGACGCCAAGCAGCACUGCCGCGAGGAGACCGGGCGCGACCCGGCGCCCAUGAUCUGGGUGGACGUCAACAAGGGUGACGACCGCAAGCCCAACGUCCGCUGCAGGCUGUGCGUGGCAGAGACACGUUACCGCACGAGCACGGAUUUGGGGGGCCCCUCGCAGACGUUCAGCGCGACACCCCCGUAUGAGGCACUCAGGACGUUGAUUUCUUUCUGCUGCUCGCCCAGGAACGCCGACGAGGACCAGCACGUCCCCAUGUUCCUGGACAUCGCGAGGGCUCACCAGCACUGCGAGAUGAAGCGGAAGUUGCGGGUGAAGCUGCCGUCGGAGGAUCCCCGCUCAGCUGGCCCCAACGUGCGCGGGUUGCCGGUCAGGUGUCUCUACGGCUGCCGCGACGCAGGCCAGGACUUAGAGCUGUUGGUCCGUGAGGCGCUGGAGGGCAAGAUGGGUUUCUCCUGUGGCGUCUGGUGCCCCUGCAUAUACCGCAGAGGCGACGGCAAGCUCGUGGCCUACGUCUACGGCGACAACUUCGCGCUGAAAGGGCUCCCGCACCGUGACGUGGAGCUCGAGGCGGACUCUCGCCACGCGCUCAUCAUGAUGCAGCAGUUGAACCUCUGGCGCGAGUCGAAGGCUCUCUACGCCAGCCUGGUCAUGCGAGCCAGCUAUCUCAGCGAGGACCGCCCAGACAUCAAGUGCGCAGUGAAGGAAGCAGCGAAGUGCAUGCACGGGCCGUGCGAGCACGGCAUGGAGCUAGUCAAGAGGAUCGCCAGGCAUCUCCUGGGCCGUCCCAGGCUGGUCCAGAGGUUCCGCCGCCAGCGUUGGUCAGGCGUGCUCAAGGGCUUCUCGGACAGCGACUUCGCGGGCUGCCUGGCGACCAGGAAGAGCACGAGCUGCGGAGUCUUCCAGCUGGGGGGCCGCAUGAUCAAGGUCUUCAGCGCGACUCAGGGCAGCGAGGCUCUCAGCUCAGGUGAUGCCGAGUGGUGCGCUCUAGCGCGCGCCGCGUCCUGUGGGGUGGGCCUGGUCUCGCUGACGCGCGACGUGGGGGCGGGGCGCAUCCGACACAUCGAGACGAAGACUUUGUGGCUCCGGCGCCAUGUGACCGAGCGUCGAUUCAUCCUUUCCAAGACGCUCGGCAAGGUCAAUGUAGCAGAUCCCGGCACAAAGCAUCUGGCGCAGAAGGAGCCAGAUGAGAUGCUGGGACUGCUUGGAGUUUUCGUGGCUACGGGCAAGUAUGGCCUCUCUCUCGCGGUCGCAGGCAACCUGCUUGAGCCUGAACUGGCUUGCGAUUCCGAGGGCAAAGAGGAG